CUGGGAGAGGGGCUGAGGCCAGGCAUGGAGGAGGAACCAAAGAUGCCUGAGGGGUGAACGGAAAGGAAAGAGGCAGGAAGAAACCCUGAUGGAUACGAAGUGGGUGACGUCCGAGUUGGCGUGGACGGCUCAUCCAGAGACCGGGUGGGAGGAAGUCAGUGGUUAUGAUGAGGCCAUGAACCCCAUCCGAACGUACCAGGUGUGCAAUGUGCGGGAGGCCAAUCAGAACAACUGGCUUCGUACUCAGUUCAUCCAGCGCCAGGACGUCCAGCGAGUCUACGUGGAGCUGAAAUUCACUGUACGGGACUGUAACAGCAUCCCCAACAUCCCGGGCUCCUGCAAAGAGACCUUCAAUCUCUUCUAUUACGAGUCGGAUACAGAUUCUGCCUCUGCCUCCAGCCCCUUCUGGAUGGAAAACCCCUACAUCAAAGUGGAUACAAUUGCCCCCGAUGAGAGUUUCUCCAAGCUGGAGUCUGGUCGCGUGAACACCAAGGUGCGCAGCUUUGGGCCUCUCUCCAAGAAUGGUUUUUACCUGGCCUUCCAGGAUCUGGGCGCCUGCAUGUCCCUCAUCUCUGUCCGUGCUUUCUAUAAGAAAUGCUCCAACACCAUUGCUGGCUUUGCUGUUUUUCCGGAGACCUUAACUGGGGCUGAGCCCACUUCUCUGGUCAUUGCCCCAGGGACCUGCAUCCCCAAUGCAGUGGAAGUGUCUGUGCCCCUGAAACUGUACUGUAAUGGAGAUGGGGAGUGGAUGGUACCAGUUGGAGCCUGUACAUGCGCUGCUGGAUAUGAGCCUGCCAUGAAAGAUACCCAGUGCCAAGCCUGUGGUCCCGGGACCUUCAAGUCGAAGCAAGGGGAAGGUCUCUGCUCACCCUGCCCCCCCAACAGCCGGACGAGCUCUGGGGCAGCGAUGCUCUGCACCUGUCGGAUCGGCUACUUCCGGGCAGACGCAGACUCUGCAGACAGUGCUUGCACCAGCAUCCCAUCCUCUCCUCUCAACGUCAUCUCCAACGUGAACGAGACGUCGCUGGCGCUGGAGUGGAGCGAGCCCCGGGACUCGGGGGGCCGGGAUGACCUGCUGUACAACAUCAUCUGCAAGAAGUGCACCGUGGAGCGCCGGGUCUGCACACGCUGCGACGACAACGUGGAGUUCGUGCCUCGCCAGCUCGGCCUGACGGACCGGCACAUCUACAUCAGCAACCUGAUGGCGCACACCCAGUACACCUUCGAGAUCCAGGCUGUGAACGGCGUGUCCAGCAAGAGCCCCCACUCCCCCCAGUUCGCCUCCGUCAACAUCACCACCAACCAGGCAGCCCCCUCGGCCGUUCCCAGAAUUCAGCUGCACGGCAGUACUGGCAGCAGCAUGAUGCUGUCGUGGACGCCCCCGGAGAGACCCAACGGGAUCAUCCUGGACUAUGAAAUCAAGUACUUUGAGAAGCAGGGCCAGAGUGACGGCAUCGCGAACACCGUCACCAGCCAGCAGAACACGGUGCGGCUGGAUGGGCUGACGGCCAACUCCCUGUAUGUAGUGCAGGUUCGGGCCCGCACCGUGGCUGGCUAUGGCCGGUACAGCCUCCCCGUGGAGUUCCAGACACCUGCAGAAGACGGCUCCAGCGGGAAGAGCUUCCAGGAGUUGCCUCUGAUCGUGGGUUCGGCCACCGCAGGCCUGGUCUUUGUCAUCGCUGUGGUGGUGAUUGCUAUUGUUUGCUUCAGGAAGCAGCGGAGCAGUACGGACUCGGAGUACACGGAGAAGCUGCAGCAAUACAUCACUCCCGGAAUGAAGGUUUACAUCGACCCCUUCACCUACGAGGACCCCAACGAGGCCGUCCGGGAGUUUGCCAAAGAGAUCGACAUCUCCUGUGUCAAGAUCGAGGAGGUGAUUGGAGCAGGGGAGUUCGGGGAGGUCUGCCGGGGCCGCCUGAAGCUGCCGGGCCGGCGGGAGAUCUUUGUGGCCAUCAAGACUCUGAAAGUGGGUUACACGGAGCGGCAGCGGCGAGACUUCCUGAGCGAGGCCAGCAUCAUGGGGCAGUUUGACCAUCCCAACAUCAUCCACCUGGAGGGCGUGGUGACCAAGAGCCGGCCGGUCAUGAUCGUCACGGAGUUCAUGGAGAACUGCGCCCUGGACUCCUUCCUCCGGCUGAAUGACGGGCAGUUCACGGUGAUCCAGCUGGUGGGGAUGCUGCGUGGCAUCGCGGCGGGCAUGAAGUACCUGGCGGAGAUGAACUACGUGCACCGGGACCUGGCCGCCCGCAACAUCCUGGUCAACAGCAACCUGGUGUGCAAGGUGUCGGACUUCGGGCUCUCGCGCUUCUUGGAGGACGACCCCGCGGACCCCACCUACACCAGCUCGCUGCGUCUCUCCCCACAGGGUGGUAAGAUCCCGAUCCGGUGGACGGCUCCGGAAGCCAUCGCCUACCGCAAGUUCACCUCGGCCAGCGACGUGUGGAGUUACGGGAUAGUCAUGUGGGAAGUGAUGUCCUAUGGGGAGCGGCCCUACUGGGACAUGUCCAACCAGGAUGUGAUUAACGCUGUGGAGCAGGAUUACCGCCUGCCGCCGCCCAUGGACUGCCCCACGGCGCUGCACCAGCUCAUGCUGGACUGCUGGGUGCGUGACCGCAACCUACGGCCCAAGUUUGCACAGAUCGUGAAUACGCUGGACAAGCUCAUCCGGAAUGCUGCCAGCCUGAAGGUCAUCGCCAGCGUCCAGUCAGGCGUGUCUCAGCCGCUCCUGGACCGCACCGUCCCGGAUUACACCACCUUCACCACCGUGGGCGACUGGCUCGACGCCAUCAAAAUGGGACGGUACAAGGAGAGCUUUGUCAACGCUGGAUUUGCCUCCUUCGACCUGGUGGCGCAGAUGACAGCAGAAGACCUGCUCAGGAUAGGGGUGACACUCGCAGGACAUCAAAAGAAGAUCCUGAGCAGUAUUCAGGACAUGAGGCUGCAAAUGAACCAGACGCUCCCGGUUCAGGUUUGACCACAGGAAAUUCUGGGACUGGAAUGGACUGAGGGAAUCUGUCGAUAAGAUUCUAGUUUGCGGUGCAGCCCGGCUUCCUGUUUUUCCCCUUUGCGUGGAGCUUCUCGGUCUCUGACAGUCACAUGGGAUGGGAUGCGCCUCCCUGAAUCCAAGGCACUUGGGCCGAGAGGGAGACCAGCCUUGUGUUUGUGUUUCGAACAGAGCCGGCGAUGCAGUCUUCAUAUUGAAGACAGAUUAUCGGAUGAAGACUUCACCCCCUCUUCCUGCCCCAUCACCACUGCUCGCAGCGCCGUGGGUUCAGGAGUUGUUCCGCUUCUUGGAUUUCCUUAACUCCAAAGUCACAAAUGUUCUCCUCCUGCUAUGCGCCUUUUGGAGACACGGGCGCUUGUGGGCACUUGCCCGAGCUCGUGGCCUAGCGAGGGAGAGGGGGUUGUGGGGAUACAAGCAUACACAGCAGCUGCACGACCGUGAAGGGCAUGGAGCAGGGACCGGCCUGGCCUUCUCCUGUGCAGCCCCAGACAAUCAUGUCCCCCUGCUGCCCCCAUACAGGGAUCUGCACUGGAAUGUGUCGGAAGGGAGGGUAUCGGUCCGUUUGGCUCUGGAUGCCGGAACCUGAACCCAGUGAGAUUACUAUGCAGGGAGUUGGACAGACCAACUCCAGAUCUCUCGUCCCUCUUUGUUUUAUGGCCGAAUCAGGACUGCGGAGAAAGGCCAUCAGCGCGAGUUUGCACAGGGACCAGGGGAGCAAAGGCAGCCUUGCUCCUGCUCAGCCAGAGUUCAGAGAGGCGUCGGGGAGGCCAGGCUGAGCUGACUGAAGAGCCUGGCUUCUCCCCAGUCUCAUGUUUUAUGCAGAAGGAGCGGGUCUUGUCAGAGCGCGGCCAUCUCUGCAGAGCCUCCCCUGACGCACGCUGUGAUUGCUGCCAAAAGACUCUCACUUCUGCUUCUUUGACUCUUCCCGGCCGCUCGACUCUUCCCGAGCGAGCGGGAGAGUCCCAGCGCGAGCGUGUGUGCGUGCAUGUGUGUGCGUGUGUGCUGGCCGGCUGGGUGAGGGCACGGGCAGAAUAAAGGCAAUAAGAAUUUUACUUGAGUUUCCUUCGCUCGCUUAGUCUCUGCCGCUGUACAGAACCCAAGAGACACGGAGCACAAGCCCAUUCCUUCCUUUGUACAGGUGUAGUACACCUCUCCCACUCCUGGAGCACGGGGCAUGGUCCUUCCCUGCCCCCAGCCCUGUGCUCCGGCCCCUGGCUGUAAAUAUCACAGGGAGCUGGCAGAAGGGCUGGCUUCACUAGUAUCACCCCCUUCCCUGCCAAUCAGGUGUAGCUGUCCUGCCACCCGAUGCCAUGAUGGUCAUACAGGGUCUUAGCCACUUCCUCAGCUGUGUCCACAAACCCACCAGCUUUCCCGCCCCCCCACCCCGCCCGCCCUUCCUCCCCGCACUGCUUACUAGGGAGCCUUGCCCUGUAGGAGUCCCUAAGGGCAAGGAGAAGGGUACUGUCCCCUGGCCACAGAGGGAGUGAGGGCUAGCAGGACGUGGGGCUUGGGUUUGGGGGUCACACAGGCUUGGCCACGAAGAGCUACACGUAGGGCACUAUAUGGUGCUGGUUUCUAACCCUCUCAGCCUGAACCGAACUGUGCAAAACAAACCUAGAGCCCAAGCCAGGCACGACCAGCCAAGCGGGUGCAGCCAGCGGGCUGGGAGCAGAGCCUCUGUUGCCGGCGCCAGGAGCUCUGCCUGGGCCCAACCCCAAAUUGGAGAAACCGCCCAGGCUGGCUGGGCUUGUCUGACUUUCCUGGCUCCUGAGCCAGGCCCCAUUCUAUCCCGUCUAUUGGCCACUCUUGCUGAUAGCCCUUCUAGACAGACAAAUCCCCUGGGCUUCCCCAGGGAGAGAGCUGUUAGAGACCAUCUUCCCUCUUCCACCCACCUUUGCUCUUCGCUGGAGAACUUCAGUCCUCCAGCAUCCCAGCAUUCCCUUGGGACUACUUAGCCCAAUGUAAGGAGGGGACAACUCGGGUGGAGUGCAGCAACUAGCUACGCCCAUGACUCAGUUAUAAAAUUCAUGCCUGAUCCUCAGCCACCUCUAGGCUUGGAAGGAUUAGAUGUUUAUCGGCAGUGAACAUCGAUUUCACCACAUACACGCAGACCAAUGAAAGAAAUAUUUCCAUGGGUGGUAAUGGCAAUUUACAGAUAGGCAAUAGGAAAAUGCUGCUUGAGAACUCAUUGGACUUCGAUUUAAGGGUAUUUAUACCCUGUAUUUUCACAUGUGAUGUUGACACACACACACCCAUUCUCUCCCAGCUGUGAAAACUUAAAUUGAUAAGUUGGAAAAAAGUUUCAAAAGAAAUCUGGAUAUUAUCAGUCGAAGUGACAACCAAAUACAAAUUGAAAUCUGCCCAGCCUGGCCACCUCCCACGUGGGACAGCUGCCAAGAUGGCUGCUAGAGAAACACGGUGACUUCAAACAGUGGGAGAUGAAGCCGUUCAAGGCAAACGCCCUUCCCCGAGAGCUUCCCGGCACGCUGAGCCAGAGCCAGCUACUUCUGCCCAAACACCAUAGAAGGCUUGGAGUUGGAUGUCUCUUCAGGAGUUUUCUCUGCUCGUCAUGGGGAGUCCUGUCUCUAUACCCCUCCACUCUGCUCUCCUAGCAGCCAGAACUUGGAGAACCCAAAGCUCAUUUUGCCCAGCAUCAGGUGCCGCUGGCUGCUGGUCCAUAUCUCUUGCUGGGAGUGCCUGGGGCGGGGAUGUCUGUCGCAUCAUAACCUUGGCCUCUCUAUUAGUUGCCUCUCUGCACUGUGGUGCUGCUGACUUGACGAUCUCUGCACCAUCCUUGGGAGAGGAGUGUCCCCCAUAGCCUUUGAAAGCUCCAGGGCUGGCAUCAACACGUGCUGCGUGCCAAUAGUUUGAUGGAAACCUGGGUUUUCCUUGCUGCAGUUAAAGCCCAUUUCUGCCUGGUGGGUCUAUGGAGCCUAGUGAGUAUGACUGGGCUUGCUCCUCUCUGACAUCCCUUGAUGUGGAUGGUUCUCCUCCCACCAGUCUGAAUCUCCUGCCUUUUCUCUCAGGUCUUCCACAGAUCCUAGCUUCCUGGAGAUCCAGGUCAGAAGGGGCCAGUAUCAUCUUGUCUGGCCUGAAUAAAGCGGGGGCAUCACCCUAGCACUCCUCAAACCUUAAUCAGGUGUCGCUGUGCUCUGAACUCUCCCCAGUUUGUCCAGAACCGAAUGCGAGGUUGAAUAGCGCCAUCGGUCCACCAUGUUGGGCUGGACGAUCCCCUCCCUCCCUCUUGUGGAUGACGUUCUGUCCUCCAGCUCAACGAGGCAGUUCCAUAGCACCAGUUCUUCCACGGCGGGACCCGCUCUAGCUCCGGGAUCGUGGCCUGUUCUGCUUUGUCUGACUUCUGUUGCGUGGCACUUUGUUCCAGGUUUUGUUUUUUAGCCUCUUCCUUCACUCUAUCAAGCUCAGGCUAUAUUUUAAUUCAGUCCUUCUGAGCGUUUGGGACCCUUACCGUCGUCAGCUGAGUUUCAUUAGAGACCUUGCCUCUUAACUCUCCCGUUCACUGAUGGAAAUAUUGCGUAGGUUUGGUCUCAGCCCAGGGGGAGUCCUGGAUUGCUCCUUGGGAGGGCGUGAAGGGUGGGAAAGGUAGUUCUGUUCCAUUUUUGUACUGGUUCCACUUCCUUUCUCUGGUCCACCGCCAUCUGCUCCGCAUCAGGCAGCUGACUUGAGUCCGGAUAUGCCAUGUGGCAUGAAACGAACGUCCAUUUAAUGGUGCUUUGCUUUUUUUUAAACUCCUUCAAAAGCCCAUUUGCGCUCUGAGGCUGGGCUCUGCAACUGCGACCACUGCUGACAUUGCGGGGGGUGGCACCUGACCCCGGGGCCCAGCUUUGAAACUCCUCGUUUCACAGCCUGGCCCAGAGCAGGGCCUUGUCGGGGCGAGAUGGGUCUGCUGCCGAGUGGAUACGCCCCUGGCUUAACGCUGCCCAGCGCCGGAGGGCCCAGAGUUGCCUAGCAACAGGCUUCCCAGCAGCAGCUGUCAGCACAUGGUGUGGAGUGGGGCAAGCGGAUCCUUUCCAAAAUGGCGUGAAAUGCGCCAUGUGUGUUGGGCUCUUCAGCGGCGCCAUCCCUGUCUGUCCAAUCAGCGUCUUCUCCUGCCCAGGGAAGGAACCAGGCUCCUUUGUGGCCUGGUUUGUUUCUGACAAAGGCAACUUGCCUCUUUGUCCCUUUCCUCUGGGUGCUCCGCAGCGACUGCUCCAGCCGGGAAGCAGGCAGUAGCGUUGAUUGGUCUCUUUCCCUGCACCUCCCUCAGAGCAGGGGCUGUUUGCCGCUUCCCACUCCUGGGAAUGUGUCCGUCCUUGGAGUUCCCAGAAACAGCUGCCAGUAGCUUGGGGACCACAUUGCCUGGGGCCGCCCUUGCAGUCAAGGGUGAAUUGAGAUGGAAACCCAUGAUCCGCGUGAAGUCCCACCCACUGGAGAUGGACGCUAACAGCCCGGAUACACACGGUAUCUGGGCAGCCGGGAGCCUGGUAUCUCUAGUAGCGAACCACCUCAGAGCCUGCACUGCAACCGCGAUGUGAUCGAGAGCUCCGUUCUCCAGGCACACCGGGCUGUGUCCGAUUGGAGCUGGGGGGCCUGGGAUCAUGCAGCCGUCGUGAAGGGCAGAGCGGGGAUCGCAGACGUGAGGGGGUGAAUGCCUGCUACAGAGCUGUGCCUCCCCCCCAUCCCGAUCCCUCCCCAAGCACUGAGCCCUCAAGUCAGCAGAGAGAGAGAGGCAGUAGCAGGGAGGGGAGGGAGAGAGGCCUCAGAAGAAGCUGAGAGCUAGAGAUCUUCCUCUGUUUCAUGGUGUCCCUUAUUCCACCUUGAAUGGCUCUCCCAGUGUGCGUGCCCUACACGGUCUCCCUGGUGCUCAGCCCACUUGCUGUGCUGGGUCCCGUCCUCACAGUGUGCCCCAGCUAACUAAUACAGGACUAAUGCCUGGCCCAGAGGAUUGUCUCGUGCCCUUUCCACAGAGAGGCCAUUGCUGGCACUGACCCACUUGCCGCCUCCUCCCACCACCUUGUUCCCCUGCGCCCGCUGCUGCAGUUCUCCAUUCACUUGGCUCAAUCUCCAGCUGCAGCUCCUGGCAUUUUGGCACAGUUCUCUGCAGCCCCAGUGGUCUUCCGAGUCAGCCGCUCCCUGUAAGGAGGAGUGGGCUCAUUCCGGCCGCCUCUGGUCUUCGCUAGCCCCUGCCUCACCUCUUGAGCUUUCUUUUCUGGGCGGCCGUGUGCUGCCCUGUUCCCUGCAGAGCAAAUGCUCACUCCACAGCCCUGACUGCUCCAGUGAUCCAUCAGGAGAACUUGCUCUGUCUCUACUCCUCACUUCUGCUCUGUCCAUCAGCCCCUUUUCUUAUACAGUCGUCUCCUCUCGCACCAAGUCUGCAUAGAAACACCCCUUCCCCCCCCCCCGAGUCCUGUACUCUGGUCACCCCUUCUUCUGUCUCUGCAUGCUGUAGCUCUGAGAUCUGCAUCUCUGCCUCAUCCUCCCAUGCCGCCUCUGCAGCGGGUCUAGCAAUGAGUCCUGCCAGCUUGGUGUGGGCCAUGGUUCACCUGGCACUCGGAUUCAUUUCUAGAACAGACACGGUGCAUCCUCAGUGCCCGCCGGUUCUUGGUCCUCUCACGCUAGCUGAGCUCGCUCCUGUUGUGAACUAGACAAAUGACUUCCCACUGGCUCUAAAACAAAGUGACCAACACCGUUAGUCCUCUUUGCUGUCUUGACCUGCCCGUGUUCCUCUGCCAUGCAGCCCGGCUGCUAGCGUCACUCCAGCUCUCGCGCUUCUGAUGGGGUGGGAGCCCUAGCUAGUGGGACAGCAUCUGGGACUCCCUACCUGAAGGUGGAUUGGCGGCAGGCCUUGAGGAGUCCGACUCGCUCCCGUACAACUGCAGCAUUCCUGAGCCUGAGUUUCAUAUCCCAGCCCGCCCCCGGCCAGUCCCGUUUCGGCACAGCUUGGUUUGCACCUGUGAUGCUCGGAGGUCUCUCCAGGCGGUGUGUCCCCCACCCCCACCUGGUUCUCCUGUACUGUACCUGCCACCUUUUUUAUAUAUUGAGAUGUAUUUAAUGGUGAAAAAGGAAAAAAAAACAAAAACAAAUGAUGCAAUCAUGCAUUUGUAGAAAUAUUUUUU